ACAUUAUUCCACCCCGCCCCGCCCCGCCCCGCCCCGGGUGUCCCCCUGCUCCACGGAGGGCGUAGCGCGCAGAGUUGUGAAACCAGGCGCUGGUCUCAAAACUAGUUCUUGGGCCAGACGGAAAAGGAGAGCCUUGCAACGUUAGACGGCUAAACCAGAAGGCUAAACCAAAAGGCAAGCAGAAGGAUGCUGAAGGCUAUAAAACAGGUUUUCUUUUCCACUGGGCUGGAGAUGCCCAAAUGGACAGCGUUACCAAAUCAGGCUUCUGAUUAUGAAAUUCGACAGUACGAAGCAGCCAAAUGGGUUUGCACGUCUGUUAAAACAGUGGACUGGAAUGCAGCUAUCAAUACUGGUUUCACAAAGCUCUUUAACUAUAUAAAGGGCAGGAAUGAAAAAGGGAUGAAGAUAGACAUGACAGCUCCAGUUACAUGCUAUAUUGAGCCUGGUGCUGGCCCAUUCUGUGAAUCCCUCACAACUGUUGCUUUCUACUUGCCAUCUAAACAGCAGGCAAAUCCACCUAAGCCUUUAGAGGGUGAUGUCUUCAUUGAAACCAGGCCAGCAAUUACUGUGUUUGUCAGAUCCUUUGGAGGAUUUGCCAAUACCAAAAAGAACCAAGAUGAAAUACUGGCACUUGUUGAAAGUUUGAAGCGAGAUGGCAAAACUUUUCAAGAAAGAGUUUACUAUUCUGCUGGCUAUGACAGUCCAUUUAAAUUGCUGAAUCGACACAAUGAAGUCUGGCUUAUCAGGAGAUAACCCCAGCACUGAAGUCUUAACAUUUUAGCAUUUUUAAUUACUUUUUAACAAAGUGUAACUUUUAAAAUAAUAGAUCAAGGUCCUCAUUUGUUUUGUUUUUUCCCUAAUCAAAUUUUCCACUUCUCCAAGUAUAUACAUUCUGUGUUAUGAAAUCUCUAAGAGGUAAUAUGGAAUGGAUAAAGAAAAUGUACACCUUUCCAUCAUUGAUGGAAAGUUGUAUAAUCUUUCAAUCCAAGUGGCAUACAGAAUGGAUGUGCAAAUUAUGCUUUGUGUAACUGAAUUUUCUCUUUUCCCAAACACCUUGAAGGCAGGAGUAUCCAACCCCCUUAUAUCUGCUAUAAAGUACCAUGGUCCCUAUUAUGGCCUGUAUCACUCUUGUACACUUUACCAAAUUACUGAAUAAUCUUCAAGGACAGGAAGCAUCAGCCCAUCAUGGGCAAUUGGGACUUAAGUCAUGUAUGUCCGCUAAUAUGCAUUGUGUGAUUUAUAUCUUUUAAGCUUAUGAAUUGUAAUUAUAGGUAAUUUACCAAAGGAGCGCCAGCUCUUAGGGAAAAAUUGGGUUUGAAUUUAUUUGUGGGCAUGACUCUCCAACCUACUUGCAUUAAGGACCACUUUAUUAUAACUCUGUCUGGUGGUCUUUAAUUGAAACCUUAAGAUCAUGGCUGAUCAACAAGACAUCACAAUGGGGCAAUUCAACCAGCCAAAGGGCUGUGUUGUAAAGGAGCAGAUUGACAGACUGUUUUUUUUAAAAGAAAAAAGAAUAUUUGGUCAUUGAUGUCUCACCUAUAUUACAUGGAAAGCUCCACAAUUUUUAGACUUUUACCAUCCAGCUUUUAUAUUCCUUUGGAAAGAGGCCACGCCCAGUGACGCUCUAAAGCAGUGGUUCUCAACUUUCCUAAUGCUGUGACUCUUUAAUACAGUUCCUCAUGUUGUGGUGACCCCCAACCCUAACAUUUAUCCAUUUUACAGAUGGAGAACACUGAUGCAGAGAGUCUCAGGCGACCCCUGUGAAAGGGUCAUUUGACCCCCAGGUUGAGAAUCACUGCUCUAAAGGAUCAGGCACACUGAUAAUGCUGCAUAUGUAAUUUGACAUGAUCAGACCUUGCACUUCUGUUGGAAAAUUUGAAACUUGUCUUUUGGUUGAUGAGUUAAAAGACGAGUUAAAUAAAAGUUUGUGAUUGAUGCUGAAAACUACUGGUGCUGAUGCUGCUGAUCGCAUUGUUAUUUCUAGUAAACUUCUGUCACCUCUCCUUGUGCCUGUAUUGCAGAGAAUGACAAAGAGGAAUGAAUCCAGUAUUUAAAGUAUGACAGGACUGUCUCUUACAAGAUUAAGGUCCAAAAAGUGAGGCAAGUCAGACAGACAUCAUCUUAACCUGUCCCAUUUACUUGUGUAAAUUGGCUUACACAAAGUCUUGCCCACAGUAAAUAAGUGUGCCUUUUGUACCAGACACCACACUUGAGUUUGAAAAUAGACAUGCAACCACUGGCAGACUGCCUGUGUUUAUAAAGACAAAUAGUAUUUAUGGGCUGACAACAGGGGAUACUAAAUGCUUUUAUUCCUUUUAAGUACACACCUUGCUGCAAAAACAAUAUUAGUGACUGAAAUGCCUCUAACUUGCAAAAUUAAUGACUACUUUUGUUAGCAUCUGAAAUAUUUACCAUGAACUUUUAGACUGAUAGAAAACAUACUGAAUCAUCUGAACAGAAAACAUCAAGUUUGUUCAGCUGAAAACAAUGAUGUUACAUAUCUGUAUUUUUGCUAGUAAAGAUUACUAUGUUCUGCUUUUUUGGAGAAGAUUAGAGUAUUUAUUAAAGAUCACAAAGUAUAUGUUCACUAAAUAUCUGUCUGCAGGGGGCAAAAAUCCUGCAUUUCUUUGCUGUGGUGUUUGAUUUAUAUGUUAAAACAAACAUCAGGCUGACAGGGAAGGAUAGAAUGGAAGAACAUAUGUAGUUAACUGAAAACAAAAUAAUUCCAUACAAGUUUAAAGAAAAUCUCUAGAGAUAAUCUGCGAGACAGAAAAAAAGUUUCAGGAUAGUGACGGAGGCAUUUGAUGUGCCAUGGGGUGUCAACAUUCUGUUAGAUAAAACCUUGUAUAGGAUUUUUAAAAAACCCUUCAUACAAACUUAUUAGCUCAUGGUUUCUUUUAUAUGUAGUGCUGGAAUGGUAACAUUCACUUGACACAGUUUCAGGAAUUCUUUAAAAAUAAUUAAGGAUUGGUCAGAAAAUGCAUAUAUUUUUAACAAAUCAGAAGGACUUGUCAAUUUCUAUUGAUACAGUCCAUGGAAAUGUGGAAAAGGACACUCAGUUAAAAUGUAUUUGAAUGCAUUUUAAAAUUAUAGCUUUUAUAACCAGUUUUAUUAGCUAGUACUGUGCUUAGCUAUUUCAUCUAAUAUUCUACCCCUGACAGAUAAUGAAGACCCAACAGCAGAGCAAUGUAAUAUUACAGAAUACCUUACAUACAGAAUUCACUUGUUUAGCCCUUUUCCAACUAUUAAUAAAUUGAAGUAGGAGGAGAAUGGCACUUCUACAAUGUCUUCUAAAUAGUGCGAACAAAACUUGGCAUUGUCUCCCACACCCUUCUGUAGUGCUUGUGUGGUGGCCACUGAGUAUUAAUUGGAUCACAGUCUUUGAAUUAUACACAGAAAUAUGAGAAGCAUGCUAAUUUUUUUUAAAAAAAUCAACCUCUUAUUUUCUGAAGAGCUUUUAUGUUCCUUUUGGCAUACCAGUAAGAUAUAAAAUGUUUAAAAUAUACCCUGAUAUGGAGGUUUUUUUCUCAACCCCAUUAUUUUUCAUGGUUUUUUCCCCUAUUACCAGCAUCUUCUGCAUAUUUCUUGUAAUCCAAAGCACAUUCACUUAGUAAAGGUGGAACGUUAUUUAUCAAUGUUCUACUAGCUGAGGCAUUCUUUUUUCAUGCAUUACAAUUCUUAAAACAGAGUUUUAAACUACCUGCUUUCAGAAAACACCAUCCCAGUUUCUGUAUGUGUCAGUGCCUGGGGAUUACUUCCUUUCAAUCACGAGGCCUAUCUCCAGCAAUGAACUUACAGAGGGAUCCAGUGGAGAGACAUCUCUGAGGGCUGCUGCUGUGGAAUUGCUCCAGUUACACCUAAUGCAAAGGAAGGGUAUACGUUCCCCAGAGGCUGCACAAUAAGCGGGAAGACUAAAUCUUGCAGAGAUGUAGCAGACAGACCCCCAUGGAUCUGUAGAUGUAGCAGACAGACUUUGGGCUCACACCAGAGGUUUUUCUUUCCCGUGCUACACAGUGAGAAAAAUGUAUACUGAAUUGUGAAAUUUAGGAAUCUUUAAGGUCAGUAUCACAAACCUGUAACACGUCCUGAAAGACAUAAUAGCUGUGGCUUGAAGGCUCUGCUGUACAUGCUGAUCUACACACACGCAGGGACAUUCUUUUCUGAGAGGCAAAAAUACUUGGCACAUGCAAUAGGAAAUGCUUGCAUUUGCAGAGUGUUUCACUUAAAUAGAGAACUGUGUUGAGGGCUCUGGAUCAUAGCCAGUAGCUUUAGUCUAUCUAUGCCUACUUUCCUGUGUUUAUUCCUUUUGAUUUCAGUAGGACUUAAACAUGAACUUGAGCACAACCAGCUGACCAAUAUUCUGAAAUCCAGUUCAGAGAAAGAUAAUUAUUAGUCUGUUUGCAUGAUCUGAUUUCACCUGAUGACUGGAUGAAAUUGGUGUAGUGAGAGGGGAAACCCAGUGGGAAUUUUCAUCUUGGGGACUGUGGUUGCUUUCAAUUUGAAAUAAUUAAAUCUGCAAUCUCCAUUUUAGGAAUUUGAGCUGCUAAUUCUAUCUUUCUUUCUUCCUUUCUCCUCCCAAGCACACCAUUAGUAAUGUACAGAAACAACUCCUGACCUGAAACUUCCCUUUGUUAAAGGUACUUUAUCUAGCAACCAAAACUCUGUGGUUAACAGCAGAACUCAUGCUCUCCUGUUCUUGGUAUAUAGUAGAACCAGUUUUCUCUAGCCUGUGGAUUUAUUUUCAUGUCUAAAUAUUUACUGCCAUGACCUGGAUAGCCUAGACUAGCCUGAUCUCAUCUCUCAGAAGCUAAGCAGGGUCAGCACUGGUUAGUACUUGGAUGGGGGCCACCAAGGAAGUCUAGGGUCACUACACAGAGGCAGGCAAUGCUAAAACCACCUCUGAAUGUCUCUUGCCUUGAAAACCUUACAGGAUCACCCGAAGUCAGCAGUGAAUUGACAGUACAUGUACUUUCCAUAUACAUGUGAUAUAUUUAGCAUAUUCCUUUAAAAGAAUUCUUCUUUCUGACGAUAACAGGAGUAGGUGAUAUUCUAGCACCACCUAGAUAUCAGAUGCUGCAGCAGCUGAAGAAAUCUCUUUAGAUCACAAGCCAAUGUGUGCACUGGGUGAGGGGGAAGCCUCCUCUAUUCCAACCUCAAAGAGAACACUUCCAUUGAAGAUAAUUUGUAAUCACACACACACAAAAAACACCGUCACAGAGCUAUAUGCACUGCUAGAGCCCCUAUCCCUUUUCAUAUGAAUAUUAGGGUAACAAAACACAUCUUUUAAACUAAAAAUCUAAGAUCUGAGGGUUCUCAGGUCCCUUAAUAUACUUGAAACCCUUCUCAUAAAUCUAGUAAGCCUAUGGUUAAACUUAAUUAUAUCUUUUGAGAAAUUAUUUUCAGUACCCAUACCUGUAGCAAGACUUCAAGGUAUUUCAAAGACUGUAUUAUGCCAAUAACAAAUCUUGUUUUCCUUUUAUUUUUGUAAAAUGAAUAACUGAUAUUAUUAUGUAACUGAAGCCUGGCAUUUCUUCCACUGAAUGUUAUAUCACCACGUUUUAACACCUAUAUUAAAGUGCCUCUGUUUGAAACCUGA